AUAAAAUGGAAUUUGAAGUUUAAGAAAAUUAAGGCAAUAACUCUAUUUAAGGAAUAAUAAAUCUUUAGCCUUAGGUGAAUUAAGUGAACUAAGUCUAAUCAUAAUAGUAAGAAAUACAAAUUAAACAAACUGACAUUCAAGUUUCAAGUACACUAGAAGAAAGCGUAGCAGUCACAUUAGUACAUCUAAAUUUAAACCAUAGCUUCGAGAUUUGAGAUAGAUAGGAGUAAAAUUGAGAUGCGUUUUGGUACCAACAAUGUCAACUGAUAAUGCUAGAGAACUCAGAAAUUGUAAAUGAAUUUUUUAAUAUUAUUAGGGGAUUUAUGGGGACCAUUAGUAUUUUGUUUGAUGUUAGCAUUGUAUAUUUUAGUUUGACAUUUUAGAACCCUAAGUUUGAGUGGUAAUAAUGAUGAUGGUCCAGGAAUAUUUGCAACAAUAUUUGUACUUAUUUGGGUUGGGUCCUUUGUAGUCACUCUAAAUGCUUAAUUAUUGGGUGGGAAAGUGUAAAUAUAGAAAUAAAAUAAAGAUCAUUUUUCUAAUCGGUUUGUGUUUUGGGAUAUUGUGUAUUUCCAAUAAAUUUAGGAGCUUUAUUUACUUUAUUUUUUUAGUUCUUUUAUUUGAAGAUGUUUUUGGUUAUUGGUUGUUUUCUAUGGUCCACUUACUGUAAGAUUACUAUAAUUUAUUUUAUAGCUGCUGUUGGAUUCAUGAAAUUAUUAAUUCCAGAAUAGAAAAGAAUAUUAGCACUUUAUCCAGUGAUUCUAUUCUAUUUGUUUUUAAGUUGGUUUGCUCUGAUAGUUUGAAUACCAUAUUUUAUAUUAAUUUAUAUAUUAUUUA